AUGAAUUUCAGGAGCCUGGAGGAUUUCUGGGUCUUUUACAUGAAUCAGCACUCCAAGGCUUCCACGAGGCGAUGGCACUUCGCAGGAACUCUCUCGAGCAUUCUCUUCUUAUUUUGUUCUAUUUUCUUCAGUUGGUGGUUCUUGUGCCUUGUCCCUUUCUCUGGCUAUGGAUGUGCCUUCUACAGCCACUUGUUCGUUGAGAGGAAUUUCCCUGAGACUUUGAGACACCCCUUUUGGUCUCUCUUGUGUGACUUCAAGAUGUUCGGGUUCAUGCUCACUGGCAACAUGGAUAGAGAGAUCAAAAGGCUUGGGAAGAGACCUGUGCUGCAACUGUUUUGA